GCUGUUUGUUUUCACAUUGAUGUUCACUAGGUACUUAAACUUUUAUAUAACUGAUAGGUGCUGCGGGAGGUGAUUAUGUAAUUACUAGGUAGCUAUACUGAACAUUACUAGGCUUUGCCUACUAAUUAUCAAUUUAACCUAAUCAACAUCAUUCCACCCUAAUUCAUUCAGUACGUAAAUACUUACCUGUUACCUAUAAGGUUAAGAAGUACCUAGCGCUACUAGAAGACAAGGGUUGCCGUCCUUUAAUGUUACAUGUAUAUAGUUUAAGCUUACUAAUUCCGUGAUUUUACGCCAUCGGAGUGAUUAUUCGCCCGCUAUUUCCAUGAAGCCUACUUCAAGUGCUGGUUGUAUAUAAAAGAUAUCCUGAACACACCAAUCUCAGGCAGAGCAAGCGUAAUAUUGCAAUGGAACCUGAAAGAUUAAAGCAGCUAGAACAGGCUGAAGAAGAACUACGUCGACGGCGUGAACGGGGCAAGAUUGCACAGCGCGCAUUCCGGAAGCGACAAAAUAGCGCGUCACGAGAUAAGCGUAACGAGACCCAGAGGUUAAAAGAGGCCAUCUCAAAGAUUGUUCGGGUGGCCCGGCAUGAUGAUCGCCCCGAGCUGGUCAAAGCGAUCCAAGAAGCUGCUGGAAUGACCGGGUUAGAUGAAGAUAUUGUUGCCGAACUUUGCGACGAGGGAGGCAAUCAAACAAAGCGCAUUACAAAGUUGUCACAUACCAAUACACAAGGAAUACCUCCCAGUAUUGGUGCUCGCUCGGGUUGGAUCUUGAAGUCUCAGGACUCGACUACGCUUGGAAGAGGAACUGACAUAGGAUGGAUGAGCACGAGAUUGGACUAUGGGUUGUGGUUUGACACAACUCGAUUCAUACGGGUAGACCAACCCCCUUCGGACAUCAUUCCAUAUCUCGGAAAAGGGAUGAGCACCUUCGCCGGUCGGCUAUUCUGGGCUUGCGGCGAGCUUCUAUUAGAACAGUGUAGGAGGGCCGAGUUAUACGCACAUACAAAUCCGCGGGUAGCAAGGGAAGCCAGGGAAGUAAUCUGGAAUAUGGUUCAGCACUCGCCGCCUUUACACAAUGUACGAUAUAUCAUAGCAUUGGCGGAAGCACGUCGCGAAUUCCGCGACCGUGGUUAUAUUGAAGGGGACAAUCCUGCUGGUGAAAUCGAUUCGGCAUUGAUUCUGCAGGAACAAGUCAUGAACGAUUAUAAAUCAAAGGGCCAGGACACCACUGGCUGGUUAUCUCCGAUGGCUGUCGAGCUAGAGCUUGGCAAACGCCUAAGCCUCGAAUCAUCUAGGCAACUCGAUCAGGUGCUACAAAUCUGGGAUUCGAACCAAGUGGAGGGCCCUCUACUAGAUAUGAUACAAUCGCUUAUCUGGAAACUGGCGGCAAGCUAUAUUUGCUUUGGGGAUGGACCUCGCUGGCGUGUCGACCGUGUCUUGGCCUUGUUCAGCGGAAGUGUCCAGGAUAUGCACAUGCAUGAAAAGAAUCUAACCUAAAAAUUUCAUUCUUGAGUAUCAAUAUCUCGGGAAUGUGGCGGAAGUUGUCCGAGGCAAACCCGACAAUUUCUAACAAUCCAGCAUGGGGAUCCAGAGUGCGAAGAUGAACUGCGGAAGAAUACAACCCGCAUCCU